AUGCAAUCUGCCUCGACCACCGCGUCGGUGUCGCCGUUCCUCGCGGCGCUUCUCGCCGGGACCGCUCCUCCGCCCCUUGUUCCGCCGCCGAUCUCCACGCGUGCGGCGGGCUCGAUCUUCGCCAACGGCGCUGGGUGGCCCUUCUCCACCCUGGUCUCCCCGCUAGCCCAGGCGCCAUCGCCACCAUCGGCGCCGCCUCCUGCGCUAGCCCCCUCGGCACCGCCCCUGGCUCCCUCGCCUGCGUAUUACACGCUGACCCCGGCUGCUCCUGCGCCGAUCACGGCUUCUGGCGUCCCUGGCGCCGCUGCUCCGCUACCGUCGCAAGCCGCGUCGGCGCCCCUGGUGCCCUAUGGUGCUGGUCUAUACGGCCAGCCCUUGUUCUAUGGUAUGCCGCCCCUCUCCUAUGGGCCGCACUCUCCGCCGCCGCCUCCACCCGUCGUGGACACGCCGCCUGUUGCCGUCCCUGCCGCUGUGCCUGCUGCUGUACCGGAUGCUACCCAGACUAUACCUGCUGCUCCGUUCCACUUCGCCCAUCUUCUGACGGUCAAGCUCAACGCCGACAACUAUCUUCUGUGGCGAGCCCAAGUGUUGCCUCUUCUGCGCAGCCACUAUCUCGAGGGCUUCGUUGAUGGGACACUGCCGUGCCCUUCGGCUGUGAUUCAGGUUACAACGGCUGACGGUGCUCCAAUGGUUAUCACUAACCCGACGCAUCGCCUUUGGGUCGCUCAGGACCAAGCCAUCCUUGGCGCUAUCCAGUCCUCGCUCACUCCCUCGGUGGCGGGCAUGGUUGUCUUUGCUACGUCCUCACGCGACGCUUGGGCCACGCUGGACUCUAGCUUCUCCUCGCAGUCGAUGGCUCGGUCUAUGGCAAUCCGCACUAAACUUGGUGAAAUCAAGAAGCUGGACUCCUCCAUGUCCACCUAUUACCAUAAGGUCAAGGAGAUGGCGGACAUCCUUUCUUCUAUUGGGCAGCCUCUCCGCGAUGAGGAGUUCACCUCCUUCCUUCUCAACGGACUUGAUGAAGACUAUGAGGCCCUCCCAACGCGGCCUACCGCGGUGGUGGACGUGGCCCCCAGCAGCAGCCGCGCGCGCCAGGUGGGCCUUCGCCGCAGCCACGCCAGCCAGCCCCACCGCCCCGCCCCAACAGCACCACUGCUGGCCGCGGCCGUGCCUGGCAGUGUCCGGGCUGUGGCACCAAGGUCCCCUGUCAACUUUGCGGCAUUGAGGGCCACCUUGCUUCUCGGUGCCAUCGACGCUUCAAGCAGGACUUUCUUGGUAUUGGGAAUGAUGGCCGCGGUAAUGAGAAGCAAGCGGCUCUCGUGA